CCAUCGAGUACUAGACUGGCUGACCCCAUAGGGUUGGGAGUGGCCUCUCCCCCCUCAGUAUGGCCAACACCACCGGAGAGCCCGAGGAGGUGAGCGGCGCACUAUCCCCACCGUCAGCGUCGGCUUAUGUGAAGCUGGUGCUGCUGGGACUGAUCAUGUGCGUGAGCCUGGCAGGCAACGCCAUCUUGUCCCUGCUGGUGCUCAAGGAGCGUGCUCUGCACAAGGCUCCUUACUACUUUCUGCUGGACCUGUGCCUGGCCGAUGGUAUACGCUCUGCCGUCUGCUUCCCCUUUGUGUUGGCUUCUGUGCGCCAUGGCUCCUCAUGGACCUUCAGUGCGCUCAGCUGCAAGAUUGUGGCCUUUAUGGCUGUGCUCUUUUGCUUCCAUGCGGCCUUCAUGCUGUUCUGCAUCAGCGUCACCCGCUACAUGGCCAUCGCCCACCACCGCUUCUAUGCCAAGCGCAUGACACUCUGGACAUGCGCAGCUGUCAUCUGCAUGGCCUGGACCCUGUCUGUGGCCAUGGCCUUCCCACCCGUUUUCGACGUGGGCACCUACAAGUUUAUCCGGGAGGAGGACCAGUGCAUCUUUGAGCAUCGCUACUUCAAGGCCAAUGACACGCUAGGCUUCAUGCUUAUGUUGGCUGUGCUCAUGGCAGCUACACAUGCUGUCUAUGGCAAGCUACUCCUCUUCGAGUAUCGUCACCGCAAGAUGAAGCCAGUGCAGAUGGUGCCAGCCAUCAGCCAGAACUGGACAUUCCAUGGCCCUGGGGCCACCGGCCAGGCUGCUGCCAACUGGAUCGCUGGCUUUGGCCGCGGGCCCAUGCCACCAACCCUGCUGGGUAUCCGGCAGAAUGGGCAUGCAGCCAGCCGGCGGCUGCUGGGCAUGGACGAGGUCAAGGGUGAAAAGCAGCUGGGCCGCAUGUUCUACGCGAUCACACUGCUCUUCCUGCUCCUCUGGUCACCCUACAUUGUGGCCUGCUACUGGCGAGUGUUUGUGAAAGCCUGCGCCGUGCCCCACCGCUACCUGGCCACUGCUGUUUGGAUGAGUUUCGCCCAGGCUGCCGUCAACCCAAUCGUCUGCUUCCUGCUCAACAAGGACCUCAAGAAGUGCCUGAGGACUCACGCCCCCUGCUGGGGCACAGGAGGUGCCCCAGCUCCCAGAGAACCCUACUGUGUCAUGUGAAGCAGGCUGGUAGGCAGACAGGCAGGGAGAAAGUCAAGGCCACCAUGAUGAGGCAAACAGCAAAGGAAAGCUGGGGCCCCACACAGGAGCCUUCCUUUCUGAGCUCCAGCCCCAGCCCCUUGACCACCCAUAAUCUAGGCACCUUUGUCAACACCUCCCCAGGGUGGGGGACCAGGUGGGGGUCUGGGAAAGAGGCGUUUCUAGUUUUGGGGGCCCGUCUCCACCGCCUCCUUCUCUACUUCUACAAUCUCAUUCUCUCUCUCUCUUUCUCUCUCAGAAGUGACAAUUCAGAAAAAGAAAACAAAACUGAAAACGCAGGUUUUUCUAGUAACAACUGAGGAGGCAGGCUUUCUUACUUUAAUGUCUCUCCUUCUGACAUUGUCCAGAAGGGGGAAAUUUGUCCUGUAAAAUAGACUUCCAGAGCUCUUAUUGCCCCUUCUGCUCCCUUGCACCCUCCCCUUCAAGUCCUUUAGCAAGGCCUGGAUGUUUAGGGAGAAACUGAUCCAAGGCUGCUGAUAAGAGGGACCAAAGGGGAGGGAGGGUCCCCAGGGAGCAGGGAUGUUUUAAUUGCUAUGUUGUGUGCAAUGUUGUUUUAGGCUAACCCUGGUCCCAAGCCCAGUCUCCUUUCCCUCUCUACCAUGUCCAGACCUCCGAAGUGUUUCUUGAACCUCUGUUUGAGAAGCCAAGAGGGCAGGGAGAAGGGCUCCCAGGACAGGCCCAGGCUAGGUGAAGAAGAGGAUGUGAACUAAAUCCUCGAGCUGAAGAGACCCAAGUUUGGCUGCCUUCUCUUGUGCUGCCUCCAGGAUCCCUGCCCCCAACUCUUCUUCUCGAGGAUGGAAAUCCACUCUAGUCUCACUAGGGCUGAUGUGGGUGCCAUACAGGCAGGAGCAGCCCCCCAGGGAGGUAUGGGGAGGGAGCCAAACUCCCUAGAGUAGCUGAACCCCAGAGUCUGGGGUCAGAGCUGAAUUCAACUCUAGAAUUGUCUCCUGGGUUUACCCUACUCUUCUGAAGAUGAAAUUUCUUUUUGGGCUUUGCUAACUGAUAGUUGUACAAACUCCAAGGCACUUUGGACUUGAGUCCAUUCCUAUCUGACCUCUUUUCUUCCCCCUCAAGUCUCAGGGGCCUCAAGCCCCUCCUUGGUGGCCCUUGGCUUUCUGGGCCCUCAGCCCCAAAUGUCCUUCCUCCCACCAGCCCUUCUCCCCCUACCUACACCCGAAGUGCAGCACACUGUAGCCAGAUUCUCCAGGUGGGAGACCCCAAGUCUCCCUCCCUUGGGCAGAGUCCACUCUGGGCUUACUUCAAAGCCAGUUUUGUGGAUUGGCAAGCCAAGAUGGAACUCCUUUGCCUCAUCUUGCCCAGGCUCUCUGUCCCCCUCUCAUUUUCUGGAGGGAGGGUGGAGAUCUG